CGCUGGGGCCGGAGGGCGCGGCGCGCGGACGCGGCGGCCUGACCAGGCGGGGCCCGAGCGGAGCAGGCCGGAGCGGGCCGCGCGCCUGGGGAGGGUCGCGCCGCGCCCGCGCCCGCCCCCUCCCCGCCCCGCACGGGGCGCACGCGCGCUCCUCUCGCCGCCCCUCCCUCCGCGCGGGGACCCCUGGCGGGCGGCAGGAGGACAUGGCCAGCGACGCCGUGCAGAGCGAGCCGCGCGGCUGGUCCCUGCUGGAGCAGCUGGGCCUGGCGGGGGCAGACCUGGCGGCCCCCGGGGUGCAGCAGCAGCUGGAGCUGGAGCGCGAGCGGCUGCGGCGGGAGAUCCGCAAGGAGCUGAAGCUGAAGGAGGGCGCCGAGAACCUGCGGCGCGCCACCACCGACCUGGGCCGCAGCCUGGGCCCCGUGGAGCUGCUGCUGCGCGGCUCCUCGCGCCGCCUGGACCUGCUGCACCAGCAGCUGCAGGAGCUACAUGCCCACGUGGUGCUGCCCGAGCCCACUGGCGAUGGCCCCCAGUCCCCAGGUACAGGCGGCUCUGCCUGCUCGGCCACCAACCUGAGCCUUGUGGCAGGGCUGGAGAAACAGCUGGCCAUAGAGCAGAAGGUGAAGCAGGGGGCGGAGAACAUGAUCCAGACCUACAGCAACGGCAGCACCAAGGACCGGAAGCUGCUGCUGACAGCCCAGCAGAUGCUGCAGGACAGUAAGACCAAGAUUGACAUCAUCCGCAUGCAGCUCCGCCGGGCACUGCAGGCUGGCCAGCUGGAGAGCCAGGUCGCCUCAGAUGAGGCCCAAGGGGAUCCAGACCUGGGAGCUGUAGAGCUCCGCAUCGAGGAGCUGCGACAUCACUUCCGAGUGGAGCAUGCGGUGGCCGAGGGCGCCAAAAAUGUGUUGCGCCUGCUCAGCUCCGCUAAGACCCCGGACCGCAAGGCCAUCGGGGAGGCCCAAGAGAAAUUGACCGAGUCCAACCAGAAGCUGGGGCUGCUCCGAGAGGCGCUGGAGCGAAGGCUCGGGGAGCUGCCUGCCGACCACCCCAAGGGACGGCUGCUGCGCGAAGAGCUCGCCGUGGCCUCAUCCUCCGCCUUCAGCGCGCUCCUGAGCGGGCCCUUCCCCGCCAUGCACUACAGCACCCUGUGCAAACCGGCGCCGCUCACAGGAACCCUGGAGGUGCGUGUGGUGGGCUGCAGAGACCUCCCAGAGACCAUCCCCUGGAACCCCUCGCCCUCUGCUGGGGUACCGGGGACCCCCGACAGCCGCACCACCUUCCUAAGCCGCCCAGCUCGGGGCCUUUACAGCCGAAGUGGAAGCCUCAGUGGCCGGAGCAGCCUCAAAGCAGAAGCUGAGAACGCAAGUGAGGUCAGCACGGUGCUCAAGCUUGAUAACACGGUGGUGGGACAGACUUCCUGGAAGCCGUGUGGCCCCAAGGCUUGGGACCAGAGCUUCACCCUGGAGCUGGAGAGGGCGCGGGAGCUGGAGUUGGCGGUGUUCUGGCGGGACCAGCGGGGCCUGUGUGCCCUCAAGUUCCUGAAGUUGGAGGAUUUCCUGGACAACGAGAGGCAUGAGGUGCAGCUGGACAUGGAGCCCCAGGGCUGCCUGGUGGCCGAGGUCACCUUCCGUAACCCUGUCAUCGAGAGGAUCCCUCGACUCCGACGGCAGAAGAAAAUCUUCUCCAAGCAGCAAGGGAAGGCGUUCCAGCGCGCCCGGCAGAUGAACAUCGACGUUGCCACGUGGGUGCGACUGCUUCGGAGGCUCAUUCCCAACACCACGGCCACGGGCAACUUCAGUCCCGGGGCUUCUCCCGGCUCCGAGGCCCGCCCUGCAGGGGACGUCUCCGUGGAGAAGCUGAACCUCGGAGCCGACUCGGACAGCUCGCCCCAGAAGAGCCCGCCGGGCCUUCUUUCCAGCCCGUCGAGCCUGAGCUCUCCCGUCCAGGAAACCGCCAGCACUCCUGAGCCGCCUCCAGAAACCCAGGAGACCCCAGGCCCUGCCCUGUGCAGCCCUCUGAGGAAGUCACCUCUGACCCUCGAGGACUUCAAGUUCCUGGCAGUGCUUGGCCGGGGUCACUUUGGGAAGGUGCUGCUUUCUGAAUUCCGGUCCAGCGGGGAGCUGUUCGCCAUCAAGGCUUUGAAGAAAGGGGACAUUGUGGCCCGAGAUGAGGUAGAGAGCCUGAUGUGUGAGAAGCGGAUCUUGGCGGCGGUGACCAGCGCGGGACACCCGUUCCUGGUGAACCUCUUCGGCUGUUUCCAGACGCCGGAGCACGUGUGCUUCGUCAUGGAGUACUCAGCGGGCGGCGACCUGAUGCUGCACAUCCACAGCGACGUGUUCUCCGAGCCCCGAGCCGUCUUCUACUCGGCCUGCGUGGUCCUGGGGCUGCAGUUUCUGCAUGAACAUAAGAUCGUGUACAGGGACCUCAAGCUGGACAAUUUGCUCCUGGACACCGAGGGCUAUGUCAAGAUCGCGGACUUCGGCCUCUGCAAAGAGGGGAUGGGCUACGGGGACCGGACCAGCACGUUCUGCGGGACCCCGGAGUUCCUGGCGCCCGAGGUGCUGACGGACACGUCCUACACUCGGGCCGUGGACUGGUGGGGGCUGGGCGUGCUGCUCUACGAGAUGCUGGUCGGUGAGUCCCCAUUCCCAGGGGAUGACGAGGAGGAGGUGUUUGACAGCAUCGUCAAUGAUGAGGUCCGCUACCCCCGCUUCCUGUCUGCUGAAGCCAUCGGCAUCAUGCGGAGGUUGCUGCGGAGGAAUCCAGAGCGGAGGCUGGGGUCCGGCGAGCGAGACGCGGAAGACGUGAAGAAGCAGCCCUUCUUCAGGACACUGGGCUGGGACGCCCUGCUGGCCCGGCGCCUGCCUCCACCCUUCGUGCCCACGCUUUCGGGGCGCACGGAUGUCAGCAACUUCGACGAGGAGUUCACCGGGGAGGCGCCCACGCUGAGCCCACCCCGCGACGCGCGGCCCCUCACUGCCACCGAGCAGGCAGCUUUCCGGGACUUCGACUUCGUGGCCGGCGGCUGCUAGCCCAUUCCCCUCCCCUGCCCCCGAGCUCUUAGUUUUUAAAAAGGCCUUUGGGGUGUGCCCCA